AUAUGGAAAGUUAUAUCAAAGGUAAUUAAAAUAUUCAAAUGCUCUUCAGACGUGUGGUCUGUUCGCCCAGCAUCGCCAGGCUCUCCUCGCAGCCCAACUCUGAAAAUGUUGAACUCACAGAAGGCCGCGAGUUCAAAUGGCUGUGGCCUGUCUUUCGAGAGGUGGAAAUGUUCAAAGCAGGACACGACAUCGGAUGCAAGCACACAGGCGGACGCUACAGGUACAACACCGUCAAGCCCCUGAACCCUGAACACGUUGAACAGGCCCUGAGGCACUAUCAGAGGAAGAUCCCCAACUGCCGCUGCUUCUUCAAGGAACGAGACGGGAAGCUGUGGGUUUGUGAGGACCCCAAUCCUGACAUUGACUUCGAGUACCUAGAGGGAGCCGAGAGCAGCGCCGUCAUCAAGCAGCUUACAGGCGAGCCUUUUCUUGCCGACCGCCCGCCCACCUGGAAAGCGAGACUCAUCCCCGUGGCCGCCGACGCCCCCUGCCCCAUACCCGAAAUAAAGGCAGCUUUCCCCUACCAGUAUGACCUCAUUAUGAUGCCCCAUCACGCAUUGAUUGACGGGUUCACCAUGGCUUUCAUUACUGGGAAACUCGUGGGACUGCUGAAUGACGUCAUAGCCGGACGUCCCGUAAACGACGAUCCUCUUGGGGUCUACCUGAACAACGAGGAUAUUGUCAAGAUCGAUGAACAGAUCGCGAAGGACUUUGAAAAGGAACCCGAGAAAGUCGAAGCGAUGAAGCAGGAGCUCCUAGCGUGCGACACCACGCCCAUCCUCUGCAGGGCCUUCCCACCCCCCGGAGGGAAGCCAGCAACCGACUUCGUCUACCGGGACGUCGACCAAGAGUGUCUAGCUUCCUUCACGGCAAAGUGCAGAGCCAAUGGUGUCACAUUCAACAGUGGUAUAGAAGCUGUAAUUAACACAGCCAUGAUCGAGAUGGCGAGGGAGGCGGGAGUGGAGGGGGAGUCCCACUACUUGAGCAUCAAUCUAGCGACGGAUCUGAGACGCUACAUGAAGCGCCGCCCCCUCCCGAUCCUCGGCCUGCACGUGCGCCCCACUGUGCACAGGAUAGAGACGCCCUUCAACGUCCGGGACAACUUCUGGGACUACACCAAAAAGCUCCACCAGAGGCUCUCUGUGUUCCUAAAAUCUGGCGAGGCCCUUCAGCAGAACGUGGUGAGGGAGAUGACCCUGCCGCAGCUCCCACCGGUGGAACACCACGCAGCAGGGCCCAAACCCUUGCGUGACUACGGUCUCACUAACGUCGGGGAUCUCACGGCCAUCAUUCCAGGCGUCGGGGAGCACCUCCAGCAGACGGACCUCGCCAUGUUUAGCUGCACGCACUACUCUGGGUUCCCGAUGCUUCACCAGCUCUACACCUUCCGAGGACGUUCGCCCUACACGCUCAGCUACGACACCUCCUGCUUGGCUGAAGAUACUGCUGCUGAACUCCUGGACAGGAUUCUGGCUCUUAUGCACGAACUUGGGGGAUCGCCAGACUCUAAUGGAGAAUAGGGUUAAGAAGGGUAAAUGACCACGGCAAAACAUGUUGCACACGACGUUGAUUUGCAUUACAUGAGGUGUUUUUUUCUGAUUCUGGUUUAUUUACCUCUAGUUGUCAUACUAAUUAUUAUUUGUAUUUACCUCUCUGUGAAAUUAAAUGACAUCGUAUUUAUAUGACUUCGGUAUUACAAAAUAUCGAUAGACUUUUUUUGACGAUCAUGUUCAGUUUGCUAGCACGGUUUCAUGAAAUGAUAUAACACUCUUUGUAUGAUUGGUAUCACAUAAUCUCGGCAUAUUGUUGACUAUGUACUGUAUUAUGCUGACUUUCUGUAUGCUGUUUAACGUUUAAAAAACCUGUUGUAGUUAAUUUAUGACGAAGGGUCUAUCCACGAUUCCUGAAUUAAAUAGAUUUAAGAGACAUGCACUUUUACGAAACUUAACAUUCAUAAUUCUAGGGUUUUAUAUGAGAUCGAAAUUGUGACUCUUCGGUUAGUGUGUGAUUUGGUCCAAAGGUAAAUGGUGAUGUAGUUUUUGUAACAUGACGAUGGGUUAAUAUAUGGUUAAUCUCUGAAUGAUAAAUACAAUGUUCAAUAUUAACA